AUGGCCAAUCCAACUGAAUUGCAUUUGAUGGUAGCAAAGAGAAUACUAAGGUACUUGAAAGGCACAAUAGGAUUUGGAGUUUUCUAUAAGCAUAGAGGAUACAAAAGUCCGGUUGGAUAUACUGAUAGUGACUAUGCAGGCGAUGUUGAAGAUAGAAAAAGUACAUCAGGAUAUGUUUUUAUGUUGGGUGCAGGAGCUGUUGCAUGGUCUUCACGGAAACAACCUAUAGUCACACUCUCAACAACGGAAGUAGAAUUUGUGGCUGCAGCAGCAUGUGCAAGUCAAGCUAUCUGGAUGAAAAGAAUAUUUGAAAAACUGAGUCAAGAGGAAAGUAAGUGCACAACAAUUUAUUGUGAUAACAGUUCCAAAAUAAAACUGUCAAAAAAUCCUGUGUUACAUGGCCGGAGUAAGCACAUUGAUGUACGCUUUCAUUUCCUUCCAGAUCUUACAAAAGAUGGCAUAGUUGAAUUAGUUCACUGUGGGACUCAAAAUCAGCUGGUUGAUUUGAUGACAAAACCCCUCACGGUGGUUGUUUUUCAGAAGUUUCGAAGUCAGCUAGGAGUUUGUUGUGUUCCUGAGUUAAACUAG